CCAUGUUGUUACCUGCUCGAGUGGGCGCGGCCCCGAGGGGCGAGAAGAGACUGGGGCGAGUUCUCCUUGACUUCCAGUCCGACUUGGAGCGGCGCCCGCCCGCCACUCGGCUCUCGUUGCUCCGCCCCACGACUCGACUUCAACCACUCGGUUCCAUUCAGCCUUCGCCAGCGAUAGGACGACAUGGACAAGGCAGGUGGAAGAGGCGACUUCGAAUGGGUCUACAACGACCAGCCGCACACGGCGAGGAGGAAAGAGAUACUGGCCAAAUACCCAGAGAUCAAAUCUCUGAUGGGUCCAGAUCCCCAUCUGAAGUGGGUGGUGUCUGGCAUGGUGCUGUUGCAGCUCCUGGCCUGCUACCUGGUACGCGAUCUGCCAUGGAAGUGGAUCUUGUUCUGGGCAUACGCGUUCGGCGGCUGCAUCAACCACUCAUUGACGCUGGCCAUCCAUGACAUUUCGCACAACGUGGCUUUCGGCAACAAGCUGGCCAAGUGGAACCGCUGGUUCGCCAUGUGGGCCAACCUGCCCAUUGGGGUGCCCUACUCUGCCUCGUUCAAGAAGUACCACAUCGACCACCACCGCUACCUGGGGGGAGACAAACUGGACGUGGACAUUCCCACCGACUUUGAAGGCUGGUUCUUUUGUACCCCGACCAGGAAGAUGGCGUGGCUCUUCCUGCAGCCAUUUUUUUACACCUUGCGCCCGCUGCUGGUCAACCCAAAACCCAUUUGUAAUCUGGAGAUCCAGAACUUUGUCAUACAGUUGGUGGCGGACGCCCUCAUCUAUUAUCUGUGGGGGCUCAAGCCGGUCGUUUACCUCAUCGCGGGAUCUAUCUUGUCCAUGGGACUCCACCCCAUCUCUGGACAUUUCAUAGCCGAGCACUACAUGUUCAUGAAGGGGCACGAGACGUACUCUUACUAUGGUUCGCUCAACUUGAUCACCUUCAAUGUUGGCUACCACAUGGAGCACCAUGACUUCCCAAGCAUACCUGGCAGUAAGCUCCCUCAGGUGAAGCAGAUCGCGUCCGAGUACUACGACUCCCUGCCUCAGCACACGUCAUGGAUGCAAGUGCUGUGGGACUUCGUGUUCGACGACAGCAUCGGCCCGUAUGCCAGGAUCAAGCGUGAGUACAAGCUGAAUAAACUGGAGUAGAGCGGAUGCGCCACUCAUCCGUUGGGAGCGAUUUCACUGGUGAACGCACCGCGGUUCAGGGUCACUGUCAAAGCCGGAUCCGCUCUCCUUGAGUCACUUAUGUUGCAGUCGAACACGUUAGAAAAGAACGCAAAUAGUGUAUUUCCUUCUUUCACAGCGCACAGAAUUUCCACUUGUUUCCGUCAUACAAUACAGAUGGCUUGCCAUGCCAUUUCAGACUACAAUUAAUAGUAUUCAACCGUGAAAAUAAUUUUUUGUAAAGUCUACCUUUUCGUGUUGUUUGUGUUUCAUUAUUGUUAUGCGGUCCUUUUUGGUGCCCCUCGGCGUGAUGUCAUCUUUGUAGAUCUUUUCAUCAUGUCUGUGAGCAACGGGAGCCAGGGUACUUCUGGGUGGGACAAAGGCCGUGGCUAACAUUGACUCGAACCGAAAACAACAAAACAAAACAAAACAAAAAAACAGGAUUGGGGUAGCGCCACCAGUUAUACUCGAAAAUGUGUACUUUUAAAAUCAUCUAAAAUAAUCCAGUGGAAUUUGUGUGUCGGGAAGGUGAAUGGAGUGAGAAUGAAUCCUCCAUUUUGCUGGCUUGUCUUGAAGUAAUUUAGCAAAACAUCAUGGCUAGCCUCCUAGUUAACAUCAGGUCUCUGGCGCGCUCACCACCCUCAAGAGUACGUCUGCGCCAUUAGCUAAAUAUUUGAAAGAUCUGCUAAUUAAAAAUGGCCCAACUGAUCAUAUUAACUACUCGGUAUUUCUGACUUUGAAAUGCAGAUUUCUUCUUUUCGACUGACACUUCACAUGUUCAAACUACUGCCAGUCGAGAAGAAGGCCAAAAUCAAUAUCCAGUCAUUCUGGUACAGUCAAAUAUGAUGAGUUUACAAAGUAGUGUCAUCUGAGCUAUUGCCACCCGGAAGUACGCGUGACGACAUGGCGAAAAGGUCUUCAAUGACGCGUUCAAGGACAUUGUGUAGAAAUACGAGCACCGAUAUUUAAGCACAUUGACAGAACAGAGGAAGAGUGUCAUUUAGUCGUCAUUAGGAAUCGCACGCAAAUUCGUGGCACGACACGCCCUGCUGCAACAGGAUUGGCUCCCGGAUCGCUUGAAGGGAAGGCGACACAGGUGCGACCAAAAGCAUCCCGAAGUAUGGAUCGCAUUUUAUACAAAAAUGAAAACAAGUUCACGGCUAGGGUUGAGGUAGUCUCAGAUAGAUUUGGAUUAGGAUAAGGGUGGGUCAGGUGCUAUUAUUAAUAGAACACACAUGAAUCACAUCUUUGUAGGGCGUGUUCGACUGGGAUUUAUCAGCCAAUCAUAGUGCAGCAGCACAUGUCCUGGAGCCAGUAAUAUUGGAGCAGGGUGUCGUACCAGAAACUGAAUGGGAUUCCUAAUCACACAUCAUUUGGGCUUUAUUUUUUUUAGUUUUUGGCCAGGAGGCGGGGCUUAUCAAAAUUACUGUUUCCAUGAAAAACUUUGAACUUUGCUAACCUCAUUUCGAGGUUCAGAGACUGGCGCGGUCGCUAGUGAAAGCGACCGAAAAGAGUGAGAGGCCGAGUUCAGAGUCCCUAAACGUUUCACAUGAUGGCAAACGCGUUUGCGCAAAUUGGAGUGGGCUAGCGACGAAAACACUUUGGCUUGCGCGGAUGCUUCUGCGGGGCUGCUGUACCCUGAUAGUCUCCUUUUGUGAAUUUUUUUUUUUUUUCCAAGUUUACCUACUUAGUGUGAUUUUGUUGUGUAUUUAAAUGUAAAACAAAUAAACGGACAUCUUUAUAAAAAGAUAUUGAUCAAAACAUGUCUAUUCUCCUAUCAUUUCUCAUGACUGUAUUUUACCAAGCUUAUGAAACGUUAUUCCCAGUUCCGUUGUCAUAGUUUUACUGCGUUGUGCACAGCCGUAUGCAGCACAAUGUACCGGCAUCCACAGUCUUUUGCUUUUCUUGCCGGCCACACACGCACAGAAUGUGCUGCCGACUUUUACGGUCCUAACUUAGCGUCGCCUUAGGCAUGCAGCUCAAAAGGGUCAUGGUGUAUCUAGCUAUUCAUAUCUGUGGUGGUCGCUACUGGUUACGCUUUCAGAGUUGCAGUUAAAAAAAAAAAAAAAUGUUGAAGCUGUUGCUAGUUUUAAUAAAAAUGUUGUAUUCCUGUCACCGUCUGCUA